AUGCCAGUUCUUGCCCUAGGGUUCGUCCUCCGAGCAUGCACACUCAGCGCCUCAGAAAUUGAACGAAUUAUCCAACGAAUUAUUCCUCCCUCCGAGGCCACCGUAUAUGGUCAAUCCUACCUUCCCUGCUCCUGGUCGCCGUACGGAGUGCUCGGACCACAGCUUCAGGAUGUUGCACGCGACUGGCUUGUCGUUGUCGGCUUCCGGGACCCGAACCCAAUUACGGGACUGAGCGGUGGGCUGGCCAACGAUGUUCAAGCACAAAAUCUUCACAGACAAGUAGCUGGAGCAACCCGAUCUGGGCCUAGAGCCACAUAUGAGGAGCGCGAGAUUUACGUUUCCAAUCCAAAGGCGGACUUCUCCCUACAGCACAGAAACCCUUAUUACGAUGAUCUAGGCGGCUUUGUGGUUCGCCAAGAGAGGCUACUUGACGCAUUCCCGUCCUACUCUGAAAAGUGGAAGUUGAAUUCUCAGACUACGGUGGAUUGGGGAUACUGGAGGAGGGAAGAAAAUAUGGGAAUUGGGAAGAGGUCUUGA